UGCAUGCUGGGACUGUGGGUCCUCCAGGAGCGUCUCCAUCUUUAAAGCCCAGAGAAGAAGCGCUUCCGCUCCGCCGGACUCACACGGACCCGCGCUCUCACAUCACACCGAAACACGGACCCCGGAUCCGGUGACUCGACGCGUUCACUCCCGCGGACACACACACACACACACACACACACACACCUACACACACACACGAGAGCUCUGCUUCUUUUGUCCGGAGAUGAGCGGAGGAAGAUGUCGGUCUCGGGACUGAAGGCCGAGCUGAAGUUUCUGGAGUCUAUUUUCGACCCGAACCACGAGCGCUUCCGGAUCCUCGACUGGACACCGGACGAGCUGAGCUGCCAGUUUAACAUCGGAGACCAGCUGCUGAUCAUCCACUGCAACCUCACGGAGUCGUACCCGGCGACGCCGCCCAUAUGGUGCGUGGAGUCUGAUGACCCGAGCCUGACCCGAGUGCUGGAGCGGCUGGAGGACGUCCGGAAGAGCAGCACACUGCUCCUGCAGCAGCUGAAGAGGCUGAUCUGUGAUCUGUGUCGCCUCUAUAAUCUUCCUCAGCACCCGGAUGUGGAGAUGCUGGACCAGCCUCUUCCUGCAGGACCCCUUCAUCAGGACAGGAAGCAUGGGACGACAGACGAGGUGACCUCAGAGGAGGAGGAGGAAGAGGAGAUGGGAGAGCAGGACAUCGAUCUGGAGCACUACGAGAUGAAGGAGGAGCCGGUGGAUGGGAAGAAGUCUGAGGAUGAUGGGAUUGAGAAGGAGAACCUGGCCGUCCUGGAGAAGAUCCGCAGGAACCAGCGGCAGGACCACUUGAAGGUAAGUGCUCACUCGGGUGCCGUGUCUGGAUCUGUUCAGGCGUCCGAUCGUCUCAUGAAGGAGCUCCGGGAGAUCUACCGCUCUCAGAGCUAUAAGAACGGAAUCUACUCUGUGGAGCUGCUCAACGACAGCCUGUACGAGUGGCACGUCAAGAUCAGGACUGUGGAUCCUGACAGUCCUUUACACAGUGAUCUGCAAGUGCUGAAGGAAAAGGAAGGCAUGGACUACAUCCUCCUCAACGUCUCAUACAAAGAUAACUUCCCCUUUGACCCUCCGUUUGUGCGAGUGGUUUCUCCGGUCCUGUCUGGAGGGUAUGUUCUCGGCGGAGGAGCUCUGUGUAUGGAGCUGCUCACUAAACAGGGCUGGAGCAGUGCCUAUUCUAUCGAGUCUGUCAUCAUGCAGAUCAACGCCACUUUAGUCAAAGGAAAGGCAAGAGUGCAGUUCGGAGCCAAUAAGAAUCAGUACAGUCUGGCCAGAGCGCAGCAGUCGUAUAAAUCACUGGUGCAGAUCCAUGAAAAGAACGGCUGGUACACACCGCCCAAAGAGGACGGCUAGAGCACAGCAUCCACACAUGGACCGAGCAUCUUCAGACGGACAUCUCUCUGUUCUUGCUUUUCUCCUCUCAUCCCUCGUUUUAAUCCGAGCCACUCUUUCUGACACUUUUCUUUACUCGAGGCUUGAUUUGACUCCGUUUAUCCACCUGACGUUCCUUCAACGAUGCCAUGAUCCCAGCAGAGCGAUGUGACGCACUCCUGACGCCAAUAUCUCUGAAAGAGCCCCAUCUCUGCAGCAUUCCUCCCUUUUAUUUUAUUUUUAUGUGCAUACUGAAAAAAACAGUUUUUACCAUGGCAACUCCGACUUCAUUGUGUUGAAAAUGAACUCCACAAUCAAGUGCAGAUGCAUUUGGAUGAAUGAACCUUUAAAAGAAGAGCAGGAGCGUCUCUCCGUCUCAUUUGGGGACGUCUGUCUGCGAGUGUGUUCAUGUCAUUGUGAAGCAUGUCUCUCAGUCCUUCUCCCUCCAGUCUGGAUUGGUAGAACUGUAUUUAGCGUGUUAUUUGAAGCCCCUGCAGUCUCUUGGGAAGCUGGCAGUGACCAAUAAUGCCUUAAAAAGCAGGACUGAGCAAGUGAAUGAGCAGAAGUUAGUUGUCUCCAGUAUUUCUAUUCAAGCAGACAUCAUCUCAGACAUCGGUCGAUCUGAUGACUGACCACAAGAAAACGCCCCUGCUUUAGUGUUAAUAUCAUUCAGAAGCAGUUCACACCACUGCUGGACUCUCUCUAGAUUCCUGUCGAAAGCACUGGGAUGGUUCUUCUGUUCUCUUGAAAUUCACACAGA